CCAUUCUACAAAAAAGGAAAUGGAUUUAGGAGUAAUUCAGAGGCUUUCCGAGGAUAUACAGCCUGGGUUCUAACCCAGGUCUGUCGGACCUCGAUGUUCACCCUUCCCACUAAAUUCCCUCUUGGGAACUCUUUUAAGGAUUCUGACUUAAGUGGAGCCCAGACCAAUCUUAAAUGUGGUAAGAAAUACAAUUCUGUGGCAUCUAAAGAAUUCCCAGCCCUACUUCGGGGGUGGGAAGAGUAGGAGUGUGUUGCAUUAUACUGGGUAGAGUCCCACCAGUUUCUUUUAGACACUUGAGUAAUUUAAGCAUAAAUAACUGGGCACUGGGAACAGGCCACUCACUAAUAAAAGCAUGGGCUGGAAUCAUGUUUGAAAAAAAAAAAAAAAAAAUCCAAGCCCUUCCGUGGGUGGAUGUAUCUGCAAAACAAAAGAAAAGCCCCUUUCCCAGCCUAGGCAGAGAAGUCUCCUGUACAGUUAGAGACAACAGGCUUCCGGGCGCGUAGCCAAGGUUCUGGGGAUAUUUAUAACUUGAAGAGGGUGGGAGUCCCUAAUAAGCUGCUAUAUUCUUUUUCCAUCACUUCCCUCUCCAAGACUACAGCGAGCUCAAAGCUCUUCCCCCACGCAGAAUGCCUGCCUCGCCUAGUGCUCGACUUCCAUUGUCUAAUUCUCUCAUCCUGGCUGGGGAAAGGGAAGGCUGCAAGUCCUUCCGUUCCGCGGAACUCCAGAUGAAUACAGUUUAGCUGCCAGUGGUGUUUAGCCAGCUACUGUGGGAUCGGCCUCUGGGCCUGUGGUUUCGCUGAGCGGUCUGAAAAGUCUAAGCUUUGGGAUCAGCCUACGAUUUCUGGGUUUUGUCUGGAAGGUUACGGAUUCGAGAUAUACCUGCGGGUCUGAGAUCUUCGGGAUCUUCCAGCGAUCUCUAGAAUCUCUCCAGAUAUCAGAGGCCGGAGGGGACUAUCUGCGGCGUUGGAAUCAGCCUGAGGCCUCUCGGAUCUUGUAGCCGGCGAUCUAGAGGAUCUUUUGCAGGUCAGGAGAUCAGACUUAAUGCUUUUGCCUCCUCAACAUUUCUAACCAUGUCUGUAAUUUCAAGAAGAAAAACUGGUAUUAACAACUUAGAUACCGAGUAGUGAGGAAGCGUUGUGUGAUUUCAGGCACCUGUGACAUUUGAAGAUAUGGCCAUGUACCUCACCCGGGAAGAAUGGAGACCUCUGGAUCCUACACAGAGGGAUCUUUACAGAGAUGUUAUGCAGGAGAAUUAUGGAAACGUCGUCUCAUUAGAUUUUGAAAUCAGGAGUGAGAAUGAAGUGAAUCCAAAGCAAGAGAUUAGUGAAGAUGUAGAGUUUGGGACCACGUCCGAAAGGCCUGGUGGGAAUGUUGAGGAAAAUCCUGAAAGCGAAGAGACCUUUGAAGGUGGAGACAGAUCAGAAAGACAGUGGGGAGAUUUGACUGCAGAAGAGUGGGUGAGCUAUCCUCUCCAGCAAGUCACCGAUCUGCUUGUCCACAAAGAAGCCCACACGGGCAUCCGAUACCACAUAUGCUCUCACUGUGGGAAGGCCUUCAGUCAGAUCUCAGACCUCAACAGACACCAGAAAACCCACACGGGAGACAGACCUUAUAAAUGUUACGAAUGUGGAAAAGGUUUCAGUCGUAGCUCCCACCUCAUUCAGCACCAGAGAACACACACUGGGGAGAGGCCAUAUGACUGCAAUGAGUGUGGGAAAAGUUUUGGAAGGAGCUCUCACCUCAUCCAGCACCAGACAAUCCACACUGGUGAGAAACCACACAAGUGUAAUGAGUGUGGGAAAAGUUUCUGCCGGCUUUCCCACCUAAUUCAGCACCAGCGAACCCACAGUGGGGAGAAACCAUAUGAAUGUGAGGAAUGUGGGAAAAGCUUCAGCCGGAGCUCCCACCUGGCUCAGCACCAGAGGACACACACUGGUGAGAAGCCUUAUGAGUGUAAUGAAUGUGGCCGAGGCUUCAGUGAGAGGUCUGAUCUCAUCAAACACUACCGAGUGCACACAGGUGAGAGGCCCUACAAGUGUGAUGAAUGUGGGAAGAAUUUCAGUCAGAACUCUGACCUUGUGCGGCACCGCAGAGCCCAUACAGGAGAAAAGCCCUACCACUGUAAUGAAUGUGGAGAGAACUUCAGCCGCAUCUCACACUUGGUUCAGCACCAGAGGACCCACACUGGAGAGAAGCCAUAUGAGUGCAAUGCUUGUGGGAAAAGCUUCAGCCGGAGCUCUCAUCUUAUCACACACCAGAAAAUUCACACUGGGGAGAAGCCCUACGAGUGUAACGAGUGUUGGCGAAGCUUUGGCGAAAGGUCAGAUCUCAUUAAGCACCAGAGAACCCACACAGGAGAGAAACCCUAUGAGUGUGUGCAGUGUGGAAAAGGGUUUACUCAGAGUUCCAACCUCAUCACACACCAAAGGGUCCACACAGGAGAGAAGCCUUAUGAAUGUACCGAGUGUGAGAAGAGUUUCAGCCGGAGCUCAGCUCUUAUUAAACAUAAGAGAGUUCAUACCGACUAAGUCUUUUAAUUAUGAUGACUGAGAAAUUCACUUAAAGGUACAGUUUUAUUUGCUAUCAGUGAGCCUCCUUAUAACGGAGCUCCCUACUGACUUAUGUUAAUUGAGUCACAAUUUCAAACAUCAAAAAAGAUAAUCUUUUCGAAAUUCUGACCCACUUCCUCCAAAAUAAUAAUUUUUGUCCACUCAGUAUCAAUGGAUUACUUCAUCAAAUCAGCCCCACAAAUAGGUGGAAAUCUGAAGAUCUUGGGACAAAUGCUGGUGCAUGCUGAGGCCUGGACGUGGAGUAAAUCUUUAAAAGUUCUUUCUCCGAGCCGAGGCCUUUCUCCUAAAUUCUGCUAGGAGAACUAUAAUAGGAUGGUUCUGGCUGCCUUGGGAAAAGGUGACCACACUCAGCCUGGCUUGCCAUGUUUAGUCACACAUCGUAGUAGUUGGGUACACACUUCUACUCCAAAGGGCUUUUUCCUUGAGUUGCUCACACAUUUGUAUCUUUCUGUCUUCCUGAGAGCAGAAUUCUGCAUGGUGAAGGCAAUGAUCUCAACUUUUCUCCUUCUGUUUCUACUUAACUAGUUUAAAUCUUGCAUCUUUAUGAAAACCAACAGAAGAUACAGUGUGAAAAGCAAAAUGAGACACAGGUUUGAGGACCAAGGACCCAUCGAUGGUAGUGACUUUAGAAGAAAUGCCCAUUGCUGUCAUUAAUCAGGUUUAUGCAACGGAAGGGAACAUUGUAGGGAAGAUACCGUCAAGGCAGCGUAGGGCCACACCUGAUAUUGGAAUGAAAGGAACAAGUGGAACUGCCACCUCCUGGGAAGGAAGCACAGUCCUCUCUCAAGGGACAUGGUUCAUUUCUGUGUGUGUUCCACUUUAAUCUUUAUGAUUUGUUCUCCCUGUACUGCUAACUAUAGGGUUUGCUAGGGCCACAUCUCAGUUUUUAUCUUAGCUUGAGUAAGGGCAUGUAUAUGUACAGUGAAAUGUGUAUUCCUUUGGAUUUUUAAUAGCAGAAACUGAAUUCACAAAGAAUAAGCAUGUUCUUGGGUGAUGUGAAUCACGUGACAGAACUAAUAGAACUCCAGAGUGAGAAAUGUCUCUCUUCCAUUUGUUAUGGAAAAAAAAAAAAAAAUUUAAACACUAGUGCUCGAGUAUGCACUCUUGUAAAGUUUGUCUUUACUGUACAGAACUAAGCACUUGUUUGUAUGCACCCAUCCGUUGUGAAUGGUGAAGCCUGGACAGAUAGGUUGAUUGUCCUGUUCUAAGACUGAUUGUGUUUUAUGUCGAUGAAGGACUCAUUGGCAUAAUCAGCAGGAAUUAACAAACCUAAGUAGGAAUGUAUUUCUCUCCUUCCAGCCUACAGAUAUAAGUGGUUAAAAUAAUUGACCCAGUCUCAGCCUCCUAAUGUCAGUUCUUCUUACCUCUGCUUGAGUAGGAAUUAAUAUAUAUUCCAAAUGUGUUUAUUCAGUCCUGUGGCGAUGGGAAGGAAUGGGUGCUAAGGAGCUGAGACCGAAGGAAUAUAUUUUCUUCUGAAAAUGUCUCAAACGUAUAUCUGCUGUGCUUUAUUGUGAAUGUUAUAUAACAUUUUAAAACUUUUUCCUCCAUAGCUCUUUGGAAUUUGGUGAUAAAGGAGCCAGUGGUCUCUCUUGAGCAGUGUACCAUAGUCAGUUAUUGUAACCCACAGCUGGGUGAUAGUGUCUCACCUGCAGAUGACACAACCUCAAAAACAAAACAAAGCACACUCCAAGGAGGUUUCCUCACAUUGCCCCCCCUGUUUAAUUACAAACUUGGGGCAGGGAGCAUGGUUUUUGUUCUAUACACAAGCUAGCCGGCUGUGGGUGUUCCUAUUUGAAUUGCUGGAUGCCAUAGAUGUUCUUGGUAACUAAGCUCAACUUUGUCUUCUGUAUCAGUGUUGCCGAUGGUAGUUAUGAAUGGACUUCACUGUUUUCUGAAUGCAUCUCUGAGCCACUACAAGUGUCAGCUUGGGAGUGGCAACAGAGGACCUCUCUGUGACCUGAGCGUAUUGUUUCCCCUUCUCCGCUGCUGCUCUCCUGCCCCGUCCCAACCUGUUCCUGCUGCUGUUUUUUGGCUUCUUAGAGGUGAAGGGCUUAAGAAGAGACUUCUGAGUCCCCCAGCCCUUUCUUUCCAUACACGUAUGCUCCAGCUGGGAAGUGGAAAGGGCAGCGGCCUCCCCAACCCUUCUCGUUCUGCUGGUUGCUGCCGUUUGAUGUGCCGAACUUCCUGUAGAAGUCAUGCAGCAGAAGCUCUUCGCUAAUGGUUUUUGCAUGCCUUCUGCUCCCACGUCCUUGGCUGCUUCUGCGCAUACCCCAAACUCUGUGCCUGUUUCCUAUGGUUGUGCAGAGUGAGUGAACAAGUCUGUAGAACAGUUUUCCUUAUGGUAUUGGCCACAGUUAUCCUAGUGUUGAACUACAUCUGUAUUAUUCUAACAAUAUUCUCUAAUUAAAAGUAUUUUAAAAUCAAAACAAGUGAGGAUUCUUUUAGUAAUCUAGC